AUGUCUGACAGCAUUUCAAGUACAAACGCUCAAUCCUCUACUAGCACUGAACAAUCUAGUAGAGGUCGUCAUAAUCGAGGCGGGCGAGCAGGUGGACGGCCAUAUCAUAGAAGAGGACAGGGUGAACGACAUUCCGAGAAUUCUGCACAGAGUUCAAAUGGCAUAUGUAAAUUUGACAAAUUUGACAAGACUGAACAAACUAAAGUUAUUUUUACUCGCGAUCCCGAAAAGCCUUUUCAAGACUACAAAGAUACCGAUGUUCCUUUCAAGGAUGAGAAAUUAAAUAUUUUUUGUGAAGAUGAGGAAAUUUAUGAAGAUAUAAUGGUCAAGUUGAGAUAUAAUUGUCCGGGCAACAAAUGCGAAGUAGUUUGCGAUGGGUGGCAAGAUUUGAAAAAACAUCUUGAUAAACAUUAUAUAGAAGGAGAUGAAACCGGGUUUACUGGGCAUCCUAGAUGUGAUUUUUGUUGUAUAGAUUUUUAUGGUGAUGAUGAACUUUAUGAACAUUGCCGAAAUAGUCAUGAACAAUGUCAUAUUUGCUUACGGGCUGGAAUAAGACAUCAGUACUAUAUUAAUUAUAAUGAAUUGGAACAACAUUUCAGAAAUGGUCACUUUUUGUGUCUGCAUCAAGAAUGUCUAGACAAAAAAUUCGUAGUUUUCGAAACCGAUAUUGAUUUGAAAGCUCAUGAGUUAGAAACUCAUGGAUCCUAUAUUAGUGGGCAGAGAGCUAAACAACAUGAGGCGAGGCGGAUUGAAGUGAAUUUUAUUUCUUACGGUGAAUCACUUAGAAAUCGGCGGAGAAAUCAAGAAAGGCAAGGGCCAGAAAAUAGAAAUGAUUACAAUGAAGGUGGUAGAUCUGCAAUCGAAGAAGUUGUACGGCAAAUACAGAACAUCAAUGUAUCGGAAUCAAACUCUUCUAUGAAUGGUGGCACGAGUGCCAAUGUAAGGGCGGUAAGACCACCCCCAGGUUUUGGUGUUUUAUCUUCUAAUGAAGUUAUUGGUCCACCAGAUGAACCACCCCCACAAACUGUCCAACGUAAUAGGACUCCUAAUCCUAUUGUCCCUCGCGUGCGGGAUGAUGAAUUUCCAACUCUAAGUGCUGCAUCCAGGGUUACUAGUAAUGCUGGCAUACCUCCUAUAAAUUAUAGUGAAAAGGUGCGUGCUAAUAGAUCGUCAAUGAUCAAUAAACCGAGAUCGACAAUGCAACAACGAUCAACACUAAAUGGGGAUGCGAGAUCAAGCAGUGGUACUUCUUCAAAAGGAAAAGAAUUAGCACAUGUAUCUGAGAAUCAAACGACAAUUGUUUCUGAUAUUCCAAACCACAAUCAAAGGGUAAAGAAUAAUGGUUCUGUAAUUUCCAGUCGACAAGAUGAAUUUCUCCGUCGUGUCAAUGGCUAUUUGUCUAAUAAUAAGUCAAAAAUGAACGAAUUUUGUUCGAUUAUUGCUGCAUACAGAAAUGAAGCUGUUAAUGCACAGCAAUUUAUAGAGGCUUUAUGGAAUAUAUUCAACAAGCGUAUCGACACUAUUGGAAAGGUAGUAUCAGGAUUUGUGGAUGUGUUAGAUAAUGAAACAAAAAAAAGUGCCUUGUUAAGUGCCUGGAAUGAUCGUAAAUCUAUGGUUAGUAUACUUAAUAUUAUUUUCGAUUGUUUACAAAAUAUUAACUUAAAUUCUCUCAAGAUUAACAUGGAAUUCCCUGCGUUGGAGCCUCUUAGUUCCCCACCUCAAGCAGCCGCAAAUAAAAAUCCCAAAACCC